CACUACUCCUAGCUGAUGUUUGAACUCUUAAAGCCAUGUUUUGCCUGUUUGGAUGAAUUUCAUGCCACAGUCCUUGUUCUUACAGGACACUUAAUGGGGAAAAAGAGUACUGGGGAUUUUCCUUACGCUUAUGAAGAAGAAAACAAGAUCCCAUUUUCAGCCUCAUCUGAAAAUAUCAAGCAGCUGGAUGACUAUCUGCAGCGGGAAGAAAUGUCCAAACAUUUGCUACAGCUGCUGGAAGGGAAUGAAAAUAAAAGUGCUCACUUCUCAAAAGGAGGGCUUCCCUGGCACACCAGGAACUCCUGGGAGACAGAUGACAGCAGCAGCUGGAAAGAUAUGAUGGAGAAUCUGCUUCAAGUUGUGAAUAUGAAGGAGAGCACUCCGAGCUGAAAGAAAGUCUCUAAACCUGAAGAAUUGGAACACUUUCCAUAAGAGACUGUGUUUCAUAAGCACUUGAUUGUAAUCAGAUAAUCAGCAAGGUUUCUUUUCUGUAAACAAGAUUUCCGUUGUGUAAGAUACCUAAAUACACGUAUUCUUGUAUGUUUCGG